AAGUCCUAUGCGAUCAACGACAUGACAAGGAAACCUGCGCUGUUCAUUAUCACAGUGCCCAUCGAAAGAAUCCAACAAAGGAAACCCAUCUUUUAAGUUUCUGAUAGCAAAUAUAGCUCAGUUGAGCUCUGAUCCAUCUGAUGAAUAUUAUAUCUGUGCCCUUACUCUGUAGCUUCUUAUAAAUCUCGUCUUUCAACCGAGGAAAGAUAAAUAAAUACUUGCUCGAUCUCUUAGCUCGUAAGUUCCACCUCAACCCCCCACCCAAAAAAAAAAGAAGACAAAUCCAAGUGCAGAAUCUGAUUGGAGAAGGAGAACAAGAAGCAGCUUCGCAUUACUGGCCCCUCUAUUUGAGCCUCUCCGUUUGCAAACUUAGAAGCUUUUCCCUCAAUCAAAUUUUGCUUUUUGUGGGGCUAUGAGGAAGAGGGAGAGAGAGAACCCUUGUGGGGUUUGUGGCCAUUAUCAUAAAUAUGAAGAAGGAGAGGUCUGUGGGGUUUGUGGCCACCGGAUUCCGGCUACCUCAGAGAAAACUUCGGUUCAAGUUAGCGCCUUUCCAUCGGAGAUCUUGCCCGAGUUUCUGUAUUUAGGUAGCUAUGACAACGCCUCGAGGUCCGAACUUCUCAAGACUCAGGGAAUCUCUCGUGUUCUCAAUACGGUACCUGCCUGUCAAAAUCUCUACAAGAACUCGUUCACCUAUCACUGCCUCCAGGACGACAAGACUUUGCCUUUCGAUAAUGCAAUUCAAUUUUUAGAGCAAUGUGAAAGGGACAAAGCUCGUGUUUUGGUGCAUUGCAUGUCUGGAAAAAAUAGGUCACCAGCUAUUGUAAUAGCCUACUUAAUGAAGUCCAAAGGAUGGAGACUUGCCCAAAGUUAUCAGUGGGUGAAAGAGCGGAGACCAUCUGUUGAAUUAUCUGAAGCUGUAUACCAGCAACUGCAGGAGUACGAGCAGAAGAUCUUUGGAUCAAUUGGUAUUGGCAACCCAGUCCCAUCAGUCUUUGCACCAGCCGGUUUGCCUUCAUUUAGCUUUGGCUUCCCAAAGAUUAACGAUCCGGUUGCCAUUCCCGCUUUCAGCAAUGUUGGUGCUACCUCCAUCUUUACUCGUCCUCCUUUAGACAUUCCUCCACACGAAUUUACUUUUGGAGCUAGCCAGAUUCAAAAGAAUAAUGAUAGUACACUGAACCCAAACGGGAGUGAUAUUCAAAUGGAUGGUUCUUGAUUUUCUUUUCUUCUAUCCUUUGCGAGAUGAAGCCAAGCUUGGUCAGAAGUUAAAUCAGCCUGCCCUGACAUAUGAGUUUCUUCUUAACACGUGGAUGUAAAGUGGGAGUAAAAUACGCGAAUGUUUUUGUUUGUAAGAUUUGACAUGUUCGCAAAUUGUGGAUGCCUUGUCUUCUCCAGUCUAAUUUUCAAAAUUGCAAUGAUCUGAUCUCAUUGCUAAUAUUAUACAAGUGAUACAAGAGGGUAUAUCUAUCUUCUCCUGA